CUGGUAGUUGGUAUCAUUCGCUUGCUAGAGUCACUUGGUGAAGAACAUCAGCAACUUCUAAAAUGAAGAUCUUCAUCGCCCUUUUCGCCGUUGCUCUGGCCGUUGUUGCCGCUGAGCCAUCGUACGUGACUUCGGUGCUUCCCCAAGCGGUUCCAGUUCCGGUGAGCACCUCGGUUUGGCCACCCUACGGAGUGUACGGAAAGGGACUGGCUCAACGUUAUGCGCCAGUGUCCAGCUAUCCAGGUUACUCUGCGGGAGUGUACGGAGGACUGCCAGUCUACGAUAACGCUUGGGGAUACUCGGCACCGAUUGUGGGCGCUUACGGAAACGCCAAGCUGAUUGAUAAUGGACUGUGGAACUACGGUGGAUACGGCUAUGGACACACCAACAAGUACUGGCUUUGAACUGAUUGAAUAAAUUUGCGUUUUUCUGGAGC